AUGGAAGAGCACAAUGCGACUACUGGAAGCCCCUCGAGCCAAAACAAGGACCGAGCCGCCGAGAUCCUCGAUCGCCAUCUGCCAGACGGAUACUCUGCCGACCCCGAAGUCAGUUUGUCGACCCAGCCCGUCGAGGCGGCGCUCCUCGAGAGCCCCCUGAACCUCGGCGGCUCCCCAUCCCCGAUACUCUCCGCCGCGGGCGGCGCGGUCGGCGGCGCGUCGUCCUCUGCCGCUGCCACGCCGCCCGCCGGCGCCGCCGGCGCCGCUGAGGAGGGUGAGAGCCCCGACUCUGAGCUGGUCGAGUCGUCGCUCAAGCUGCAGGGCGGCGACAUCCACCGCGAAAUGUUCCGUAUCCGGGCCCGCGCCAGCUCGCUCCGCCGCGCCAACACAUUUUCGCACCAGCCGUCGCCGAGCCUGCAGCCCGCCGACGACCUCUCGUACAACGAGCAGCGCGUCCCGGGCGGCUUCCGCCGUCAGCACCUGCUGCAUCAGGCGCGCAAGCGGCGCGCCUCCCACGGACCCGUCUUUGCGCGCAACUUUGUCGACUUUUUGGAUUUAUACGGAAGCUUUGCGGGUGAAGACCUCGACGACACGGAUGACGAGGACGAGACGGAAGACGAGUCCGCCGUUGAGGAGGAUGCAGAUGAGAACGCGCCCACCGAGGCCUCGCCGCUGAUUCGAAGACGGCCGACAAUGGGCCGCAAGAAGAGCUCGCGCCGGCUGGCGCGCGAGGGCGACGCGAGCACCGUCAAGACCUUUUUCACGCUGCUCAAGGCUUUCAUCGGCACGGGCAUCAUGUUUUUACCGAAAGCGUUCCGCAACGGCGGCAUGGUCUUUUCGAGCAUGACGCUCGUGGCCGUGUCGCUGAUUACGAGCGUGUGCUUCAAGCUGCUGCUCGAGUGCCGCGCGCGCUACGGCGGCGGCUACGGCGAGCUCGGCGCUGCCAUUAUCGGCCCGCGCUUCCGCAGCAUGAUCCUCUUCUCCAUUGCCCUCUCGCAGCUCGGCUUCGUCUGCUCGGGCCUCAUCUUCACGGCCGAGAACCUCUACGCCUUCCUCGACGCCGUCACGCAGGGCAAAGGCACCUUUCAGCUCGGCGUGCCCGCGCUCAUCGCGCUGCAGCUCGUGCCGCUGGUGCCCCUGGCGCUGAUCCGCAACAUCUCCAAGCUCGGCCUCGCCGCGCUCAUCGCCGACGUCUUCAUCCUCUUCGGCCUCGUCUACAUCUGGUACUAUGACAUUUCCGCGCUGGCCACGCGCGGACCCGCGCCCAUCCGCCUCUUCAACCCGGUCGAUUUCCCCCUCACCAUCGGCUCCGCCAUCUUCACCUUUGAGGGCAUCGGCCUGAUUCUGCCCAUCCAGUCGUCGAUGAAGAAGCCGCACCACUUUGGCCCGCUGCUGUACUUUGUCAUGUUCCUCAUCACAAUCAUCUUCACCUCGGUCGGCGCCCUCUGCUACGCCACGUUCGGCGAGGACACCAAGAUCCAGAUCAUCUCCAACUUCCCGCAGGACUCGGCCCUCGUCAACGCCGUGCAGUUUCUCUACUCCAUCGCCGUCCUCGCCGGCGACCCCGUGCAGCUCUUCCCCGCCGUGCGCAUCCUCGAGACGUCCCUCUUUGGCGAGCGCGCCACGGGCAAAAAGUCCGUCGCCAUCAAGUGGCAGAAGAACGGCCUGCGCUCACUCGUCAUGGCUGUGUGCGUCGGUGUCAGCAUCGUCGGCGCGAGCGACCUCGACAAGUUUGUCGCCCUCAUCGGCAGCUUCGCCUGCGUGCCGCUCGUCUACAUCUACCCGGCGUACAUGCACUACAAGGGCGCAGCCGAGAAGCCAUGGGUCAAGGCGAUGGACAUUGUGCUCAUGGCGGGCGGCCUCGUCGCCAUGGUGUACACUACGUUUGUGACGGUGUAUCAGUGGAUCGACUCCAAGGUAUAA